AUGGCGACUCACGCGUCGAAGUCGUCUGACGUGACGGCAGAGUCACUCUACCGUGACGUCGUCUGGCCCGCGCUUUGGAAGGUACUGCAGCUCACGCCGCCGCCAUCGUCGACUCCUGCUGAUGCCUGUGCAGGGAUCAGCGGUGGUGCUACCGAGCAUGUACGCUGUGCCCAUAGCCUGCAGAGGGCUGUUACACAGGCGCUUCUCCAGCUCCUCCGCACCGCCUGCACGGACCCUGGCACAUCCUCCAUGAAUGGGAUUUCGUUGGGUGUUAUGCAAGAAGUUGUGUCGCACCUCCUCCUUCACCCCCAUGGCAUCGAGCAAGCCACAGCUUCGCAGAUCGUGCCGGAGGCACAGAAGGGUGUGUUAGACUCGGCGACAACCUCGCCUACCGCUGCAGCGGCUGCUGUCGAGGUGGAGCGCCUCUACCUCUUAGUGUGUGCGGCGAUACAUCUGAGUGCGCAGAUGGCUGUCGCCCAGAUGGCGGUGGCCACGACCACCCCAACAGCUGGGACUGGCGCUGCUUACGCGGCGACGGCAAAUACAGCGGUGCCGCCGCAGCUGCCAUGGGGCGUCGCGCAGGCCUCCAAGUCGGUGGCUGCCGGUAUCUUUGCCCUAUCGUCCUCCGUGCACUCUUCUUCGUCCAUCUCCCUGCCGUCACCGAUUGCCUCACGCGCGGCUCCGAGUGUGCUGGGGUCGCCCUCCUCCCCGAUGACAACCAUAGCACCACAGCUGCUGCUACAACAGCAGCAGCAGCUAAAUCUGCACCACCUCUGGUUCACGUUUCUCUAUGUGUACCUGCAGCAGCUGUCGUCCCAUACGCCUAAGGACACAACCGCGUACGCGCGCUUCUUCGCCAGCUGUGGUGACGAGUGCCGCAAGCGCCUCUCCAUCGCCCCAGUACUGUCCGACGAAGACGACGACAUCGACGACGGAGUCGGUACUGUGGGCGCGAUAAUGCACCAGUCGACCGCCGCAAGUGAAACGGCCGCACUUCAGGCGUGGUCACACGUCUCGGCUGACCUACUCCGCGACACGAUUGCUCGCACGCGAUUUCGCCGAGCCGCGCUUCUCUUCAAGUCGUUUGUACCCCAUAUGCUGACGCAGGCCCCGACAGUGACAUUCCUGCUCGUCGACGUGCUCAGCGAGUUUGCUCGCAGUUGGUCGGUGUUUACUCGGUGCAUUCCAGCAGGGUGCAUGGCGGACGAUGUGGCGCAUCGACUAGCUCGCUACGAUACCCGUGGCAUAGUUCAUGGCAACAGUCCUGCUAGUCCAUCUCAUCAAUGGCAGCAGUGUAUUGACUUGCUUCGCGCCUACGGUGACCGUCUCACGCUGCUGCUCGGGACGGGCACGCCGCAUGGUCACUUGGUAACGACCGCGCUAUGCGCCGUUCUCUCAGCGCUUUACGUGUUGCCGCACACUCGCGGCACCGCCCCCGUGUCGAGCGCGGGUGAGGCAAGUGCCGUAGCCGCUGGCACUGCAGUCGGUGCGCGUGGAAAGCGUGAUGAGGAAGCGGCUGUGCUGGAAAUGGAGACAGCCUACGGGCAGCCACGCCGCACGUCGACGCUCAUCGCUGUCGGGGCAACCGCUACACCGUCAGUGGCUGGCGAGUCACUCAUGAGUGAGGCCGAGUGGCGGCUGAGGCACUACGCGCCGUUCGGCCAGCUCCUCGCCUACACACGCAUUCUGGAGCUGCAGAAGGCUCACCUGUUCGCCGUUGCCACGGCACAGCUGCGCGUCGGCCGAAGCGUAGCGCAGCAGGUAGAGCACACGCGGAUGCUGGCGCUGGCCGCGCUGUACUGUGGCGUGGCUGGGUGGGACUUGACAGUAUUGAUGUACCACUUCGCGGAGUGUCCACUAAACCCAUUUGGCGGCCCCGAGACGCCACCACCUGCACUGCCAAGCUCGGCGCUGGCGCGGUAUACCGCUGCAGUUCAGCAGUACGUUGAGCAGACCCAUGCCGAGCUUAUUAUAGACUUGCCUUUUACAGAGCUGUGCGCGCACGACGGCAGCGCUGACGGUGGUGGCAGCGGCAGGUCUAAGGGUCCACGCUUUCGCGGCAUGCGUCGCAGCGGGGGCGGCUAUGGCCAACAACAGCAGCAACAGGGAUUGCUACCGCAUUCAUCGUCGUCAGCGAUUCCUUCGCGCGGAGAGCUGCACACACGUCGAUUUCUACGCCUUGUGCACCCCGAUCCACUGCUGCUCAAUUGGCGCCAUCACCUCACCGUAGCGGAAGCGUCGGUAGCCGCCACAGCAACACAAAGCAGGACCUCCACCGCUGUCAUUGGAGGAGGAAGUGGCAGCAACACCACUGCCGUGCCAACGGGUGUCGCGCAGAGCUCUGUAAUGUCGCUCUCUUCAACGGCUGCUGCCUCAAGCACCAACUCGCCGGCCGGGUAUUCGAACGGGAGUAGCGGUGUCCCAGACGUACUCCUGUCGCCAUGCUGCUUGGUGCGCGAUAUCCUUGUUUCAGGGCAAUACGCCCUGGCGGCAGAUGGUAUGCGCCACCUCGCCAAGCCGAGAACGCCUCGUGUGGCCAGAACAUGGGACGCCAGCAUUGACGCACUGAGCGUGAACGUGCUCCUGCUCCCGCGCCGCGCGUAUCCGCAGCACAUUAGUGUUGCCUACUACGUGACGACCCUGCUGCGUCGGUGGCUGCAACGGUGGGAAGUUGCCGACCAGCCGCAACAGGCGGGUCAAGUCGAAGCUCCUGCAGUGAUGCAGCUGCGGGAUGAGGUCUUCCGCGUUCUCUCUUCUUUCGUGCCCAUCUUGUCAGUGGUACAGAGCUACAUGGCGAACCAGUCGCUGCUCGUCAGCAUCCUGGCACGACUAUCCUGGAUGUGUCGAACCACCGCCGCAGCAGCAACAGCAGCAGUACUAGCGUCAGCGGCAACCACCACAUUCUCGAACUGCGGCGUUGCACCGCCGACUCCGAAUGCAGUCUUCGCCCUGGCAGAGCAGCUGCUUGUCGUCUUCGUCAUGCCAUGCAUUCGCGUGUUGCCGCCUGCGCCGAUGGUUUACGAUGUGAUGGAGGACAUCCUGCGACUCUUUGCCCGCUUCAGCACCCCCGACGCACAGACGCACGUGGUGGUGCCGUACGGCGAGAACGCUGCCAUGCCGUUGCACAUGUUCGACUGGCUCCAGGCGCUGCUGCCCUCCGUGAAGUUUGUGACCGCGUACCGAACGAAGCAGCAGCAGCUGCUGCUGCAGCAGGAGGCAGUGCAUGGGUGGCCUCCGCUUCCAUUGGUGCACCCGCACGAUGCGCUGCUGCGCACAGAACGGGAAGCACUCCUGUCACAGUCUCUAAAGCGUCUCAACGCUGAAAACCUGGACGAGUAUCGCGCGCUGCUGCGCCCCAUCUUAUAUGCGGAGCCGCUACUCGUCGCCCAUCGACUGUUCAUACAAGCCGUCGGCUACAACAAUAACUUCCUCGAUGUCCACACCCGUCUCCUGCGCGGAUUGCCCGGUGCGGUACUAAUGCUUGUUGUGCAGCAAGGUCUCGUGUUGAUGGCUCGCUACGCGGCGGAAGAGAAGAUCACAGAAGCCAACGGGGAGAGCCGUGUGGCGAUCCUGGCAGUCUUUGUUGCGACUCUGUGGCGGGAUAACCUCGACGCAGUGGAUGGUGUGCUACUGGUGCGGCGCGUCGAGCUCGCCUUACGCAGUGACAGUAGUGACGAGAUACUGCUCGGUACGGAGCUCUGUAAGGCCCUCCUCGCCGUGAUGACGCAUCGCACGUUGGAGCACGAGGAGAAGUAUAACCCUGCACAGCUCAAGGCACUGGCCUACACGCCUUCCACCACCUCCUUCUUUGGUAGAGGUGCCAUGACGUCCUUUCGAGUUCGGUACUGGAAAGACACGGCGAGCAGUGCACAGCUACUGCUGUCGCCAGUGGACGUCUUUGUCGGGGCCCGGCAGGCACUACUGACUGCCUUGCAGCAGCCGUGCCUGGUGCCGAUUCAGGGUGAAAAAGAGGGCGAGGACGAUGAGGAGAACGAGAAGCAGCCUGCCAGCGCUGCCCCUUCGGAGCAUCGUCUCACCCUCGGUCAACAGACACUCCUUCACCUGUGCCGCCUUCAAAGCCGCAUCUACGAGCUGCAGCGUGACUUCGACGGCGGCGCAGAGUUGAUCCUCCUGUCCUCAGCGGGACGCUACAACACAAUCAAUGACAUGCUGAUAGCGCUCGAAGAACUGUCACCUCCGCCGACUGAGCGUCCGGUGCUGGAACGCCUGUGCAUCUGCAUUCAUCAAGUAGCCCUUCCUCACAUGGCGUCGCUCAUAGAAGCGCAGCAGCGCCGCAAGUUCGAGUGGGCGUCGGCUUCCACCAGCAACGGCGGUGCCGUGCCGUCAGACGCGGUCUACAGUAUACCGGCACCCACCUUCUCGAGGGUCGUGGCAGCUGUCGACAAGCCCGCGCUGCCCCCAAUUGCACAGCUUCUGCAGUACUUCACUGCCGCGCACUUUGAGUACACGCCGGAUCCCUACGACGCCGCUCGGUGCGAAUGGCGCCAGUGCAUGGAGCGGGCACGAAGCCUGACGAGCCAGAGCUUGAGGGACAACAAGUCUUCCGGCACGGUGAGUGGACGUCGCGCAGCAUCGAUCGUGACGUGGUUGAACGCCGAGGCGAAAAACAUAGAUACGGAGGAGUCCAUGCACAAGCACCAACACAACUCCUCCACUGCGGCCCGUGUGGCGCUUCUGGAGCUGAUUCAGCGCGAGCUCAUUCCUUCCACGGCAGCGCUCGCGUCUGAAGCGGAUGACCGUCUCGUGGAGCUGGCUGGGUCAUACCUCCUGCCCCGCGCCAUGCUGAACCUCCGUGAGGCGGCAACGGUGGCCGCCUUUUUCACGUGGCUCUUCGAGGAAGCAACGUCGGCGGCCGAGCCCGCAGCAGCGGCAGGGCAGGACGAGGCUAAGCAGACACGGUGGUCGCUGCGCUGUCGUGCCAUCGACCUCGCCUUGACGUUUGUCGCAGCGGCCUUUACCUACUUUGUGGGCUUCACAGAUGACGAGUGCAAACGCCUCGGGUGCGUGCUGCAGCACCUCCUGCAGAUACCCGCCCUCAGUGCCCAUUAUCAGCGCCUGGACGCAGCUGCGCGUCUGUCGCCAUUCCUGCUUAAGUACAUUCAGGCGCUGUCCUUCCGCGCAAAGCCUGGUAGUGACGCCACUGCCGCCGUCGGGGGCGGGGCUCAAGUGCUCGGCGACAAGAACGCCCUCACAGAGGCAGCAGCGGCGCCCAGCAAAAAUGCCGUAUGCGACGCGGACGCUGCAACGCACGGAAGCAGAGCUGCUGUCAACAGCGGCGGCCUCCGCACUGUAAGUAGUGCUGUCUUCGAGGGUUUUCUUCAGCUGCCACACGCUCGUCUCACCAACGCCAAUGACGCGAACAGCAGCGAACGCGCCACUCCGGUGUCCUUGCUGAGUUUGGCAAUGGCGCGAGGACUCGUGUCGUCGGCGGAGCAAUCGAAUGAGUCGCUGUCAGCCGCCUCCACUGCUGCCGAUGCCGCGCCUGGCACCCUCUCUGCCGUCCCGUUGCAGUUCGAGUCGUACCUCAUCAGAGCGAUGAUUCAGCUGCUCACUCAUGAGGAGGACGUUCCUGCCUACGCCCACCGCAACCUCUUUCUCGUCCUUGAGCAGCUUGACAAGAGCACCUUUCCCGCGACCUUGUGUGCUGUGGACUUGCUUAUUCGUGCUGUCGAGCCGCACGCGUCGAAGACGAAGUCGUACUACGCCUUGGCCUCGGCCGUGUUGAAGCUGCUGCGGGGGAAUCGACGCCAUCGUCGCGAGCUUCAGCAUACAAUUGCGGCACUCCGCCACGGAGAGGAAAGCGCUGCUCUCACUACCUUGCAGGCAGUGCGGGACGAAGAAGACGGUAGUGCGAUGCCACAGGUCCGUAUGGCCGCCGCGGCCUGUCACGGGCAGUGGCGUCUCAAUGAACACUACAUGAGGCAGCUGCUGCAGAACGAGGCGGCGGUGCUGCUGGAAGACGUACAGGUACGCCAUCGAGUCGACGAAGACAGUGAGGAGGGCGAAGGGAACGAGGAGAGCACCAACGAUAGCCAGGAGGAGAACAACGCCGCCGACGCCGUAAGUUGUUCGAGCGACGACGACGGUCAAGACGUGAAUGUAGAGGGCAUGAGCGACGAUUUGUCUGCUGCGGCUUCCGCACAAGAGAGUGGGGAAGAGGACGAGGAGAACGAUGACAGUGGAAGCGGCGAGGACGCGUCGUGCUUAGGCUCCGAGGAAGAUGAUGACGAAGAGCACGACGAUGGCAACGAUCAAGACGAGUAUGUUAAGAGUGACGACGGCGAAGAUGCGUCGCCUGCGCCGCGCAAACGCCGUCUCGAGCAGUGA